AUGAAUUCAUUACAAACGCCAUCCAAAGCUCUUGUGCGCAAGAGGCCCGCCGACAUGGCCUUGAUGCCACCACCACCUCAAAUCCGAAAGAUUAAGCGCCCUAAAAAGGUUCUCGACGAGGAUUCAUACACCGAUGCACUAUCGCGCAUUAUUGCGAGGGACUUCUUUCCAGGCCUCCUCGAAACAGAGACCAAACAGGAAUACCUCGAUGCCCUCGAAUCCAAGGAUGAAGCAUGGAUAUUGAGCGCCGGGCGUCGACUACAGAGCGUCAUGACCCCCGGGCGAGGCGGCAGGAGUCGCAAUACCCCGGCCACGAAACGGACGCUUGGAGAUGCCGCGCAGACCCCUACGACGUAUGUGGGCGACACACCAGCCUCGGCGGCCCCAUCGGUACGGACAGCACGCGAUGCGCCGCCAGGGUUGGAUGUAGGUAUGAGCCUGUCCAAGUUCCAAGAGACAUACACGAGCGAGGACAAUGAGAGCUUCUAUAAGCUGGUGGAUAAGCAGAACCAGAAGCGCGCCGACAAGUACGCAUGGCUUUGGCGUGGAAACAAGCUGCCCUCGAAGCAGAUGAUCAAGCAGAAGGAGGUUCAGGACAGGCUCGCGCAGCAGGGCCGCCUGAUUGACGACGGCUAUAUGAAGAAGAGUGGCCGACUAGCGAUCAAAGACUCGUCUGACGACCGACCGGCCAAACCAGAUCAUUGGAAUUCGGCUCCCAGGAACAGUCUUAUGUAUGGACCCGAAAACAUGGAGGACGGUGUCCCCACCGUGGCAGAUAGGCAGGCUCAGGCGUCGCGCAUGGGUCCCCGGACAAUCGUCUACGAGAACACGAGAAUACCGGAGCCGCAUGUGCCCAAGAGGCCGCCCUCGCCGACUGCCUCUUCUAUACGCGACGCCGUUGCCGGCAGACCCCGCGCAAAAGACCUGGAUUCGGGCGUCGUCGGCGGAGGUGAGACACCAAGGGUGAACGGUUAUUCCUUUGUCGACGACGAAGACGACAACGAAGACGCUACAGGGCCUUCUCCUCGCAUCGACCUUGGCUCCGGGGAUGCGCACAAUCCUUUCAAGAUUCAGGGCCAGAGAGACAGAGAGAUGCUGCACGAACGAAUGGUCGAGCGCAUAGCAAAGAAUAACAAGGAGGCAUCGCGGCACGGUCUCCUGGGCAAAGCAGACAAGACACUUGUGCCCAAGUUCCCCAGCAGUCCGCGUGUCACAGGGAACUUGACACCCGCAGCACAGAGACUUCUGAGUCAACUUGGCCCGGGAAAGAAUAAGACGCCUGGCGCGACGUUUGGCCAGUCGACACCCAUGAAGCCUAGGGGUUCACUGUUGAGGAGUGUUCGUGGAACUCCAACACCUUCCGUCAAGCCAUGA